CAGGAGGGGAAAAAAGGGGGAACAGAUUUCCACACAUCACCGGAACGAAGGCAGACAGGAACCUUUGUUCGCUUGUGUUUGUUAUCCUCUCGGGCUUGUAACAGCGCUGCACAGGUCAUCUUUUGGUAGAAGAGAACUACAGAACCAUCACUCUUUCAGAAGCUAAUUCUUUGGUUUAUAAUAUUUCGUUUGCGCUUUUGGCUUAGCAUAAUGUGCAUGUGCGGUUUGAAUUAUAACGUCAUCUGAUUUUAUUGAUGGCAGUUAAUUACCUUGUUGGUUAGCUAGCUAGCUAGCUUGGUCAGCUAGAGCAGAGUCCCUGCUGUCAUUCAUGCAGUUCAAGUUCAGCUAAAGUUAUCUAAUGCUAGGUAUUGUUUUAACGCGUUUUUGUUAAGCUAGCAACAUGUCACAGGAGGGGAUUUUUCUGGACUCCGAACCGGUAGACCGGUUACAGAGCGAUGUCAAGGAGAAAAAGAGCAGAAGUCGCCUUGGUGUCAUCGUCACGGGGGUGCUGGGAGGGUCGCUGGUCGCCCUGUAUGCAGUAGCUACUCCGUUUGUCGCCCCUGCCCUGAGGAAGGUCUGUCUCCCGUUCGUCCCAGCGACCACAGCUCAGGUGGAGAAUGUCCUCGGGGCGCUGAGAGCCAGAUCAGGGACCCUCGUGGACAUUGGGAGUGGAGAUGGAAGGAUAGUGAUAGCAGCAGCCAAGCAUGGGUUUCAAGCAUCAGGCUUUGAGCUGAACCCCUGGCUGGUGUGGUAUUCUCGCUACAAGGCCUUGAGAGAGGGAGUCCACCGCUCCACUUCCUUCCACAUCUCCGACUUGUGGAAGGUCAGUUUUGCUCAGUACUCCAAUGUUGUCAUAUUUGGAGUCCCUCAAAUGAUGGACCAGCUGGAGCUGAAGCUGGCAAGCGAGUUGCCGAGUACAGCCAAGGUGGUGGCCUGCCGCUUUCCCUUCCCUACUUGGGUCCCUGAAAAUACCGCUGGGGAGGGCAUAGACACUGUGUGGGUGUACGAUGCCAAGGCAUUUAAAUCACACCUGCAACAUGGAAUGACAAUUAGGACAACACCAGAACAUGAGGACACACCAGAGUCACACAAAUAAAUGCCAAUCCUGCAUUGCAACUCUGGGAUGGUCUUAUUUUUUUUUUUCUCCAUGCAAUGCUACUCUGAGAUGGACCUGAAAUUUCUGGCAUGUUCUGUUUUUUUAAAUGUGCUACAGUGUGUUCAGAUCAAUGUCGAUGAUCUAACAUUAAUGAUCAUAAUGAUCAAAAUCAAUGUGGAUAAUUGAUUAAUCAUCAACAUCAAUGUACAAGUGUGAGAUGGAGCAAAGUAGGAAAAAGCAACUGAUUGAUACUGGCCUUGGGGAGUGGUUUACACUCAUGUUAAAACCAGUCCAGGGAUUAAAGAGAGCGUAAAUGGUAAUGACUUGAGAAAGUUAAAUUCCUUAUAGGAAGAAGUGGUACUGGCCAUUAAUGAUUGCAUAACUUCUUUAUAGAAAGUUAAGUUGUAUUUAUCCCUUCCUGACAGACGGAGGUGUUGCCAAGUGGGCCGUGGCUGGCAAAUGUAGCAAGCCUUUCUGACAGAAGAUUGUUCACCAUAAUAUUUUGUACUGGUACUAUAUACAGAAAACUUCUGCACUGGGUUCUAUUUUGAGUCUUGUGUAUUUAUAAAUAAAAUGUAUCAUGUAGUUGUCAA